AUGGAUAAAUCUUGGGUUUGGUUACCAAGGAAUAGCCUUGAGUAUGAGAAAGGAGCAAGUGAGUUUGUGUCUUCUUCAUCAAGCCGUUUAGGUGUCCCAACAGAAAUGUUCUGUCCGUGUGUUGAUUGCCGCAAUGUAUGCCAUCAGUCUACUGAGAAAGUUUUCGAGCAUCUAGUGAUUAGAGGGAUGGAUCCGAAGUACAAGAGUUGUAAAUUCUGGUCCAAACACGGAGAUAACAAGCCUGAUAAGCCAUCUGAUAUCAACUCCUCUGCAAGUGAGCCGUACGAGUUGUUAAGAACAGCUUUCAUGCCAACUGAAGACCAUCACUCAGCUCAGGAGGAGAGUGCAGAAGCGUCUGCGGGAACUGACAGACCAGAAGAAGCUGAGUUCAGAAAAAAACUGGAGGAUGCAGAAACCCCGUUGUACUCUCAGUGUUCAAAAUACACGAAGGUUGCUGCGAUCAUGGGACUGUACAGGAUAAAGGUCAAAAGUGGGAUGUCUGAAAGCUAUUUUGAUCAGCUAUUGGCGUUAAUUCAUGAUAUGCUUCCUGGAGACAAUGUGCUACCUAAGUCUACAGAUGAGAUGAAGAAGUUUCUGAAACAGUUUGGGUUUGGUUAUGAUGUCAUCCACGCCUGCAAGAACGACUGUAUCUUGUUUAGGAACCAGUAUGAGGAUGCGGUCAGCUGUCCAAGAUGCAGUGAAUCAAGAUGGGAGAAGGAUAAGCAUACUGGUGAAGAGAAGAAAGGGAUUCCGGUUAAAGUGCUUAGGUAUUUUCCGAUAAAAGAUAGGUUCAGAAGAAUGUUUAGAUCAAAGCGUCUGGCGGAGGAGUUGUGUUGGCAUUCGACAAAUGCAUCUGACGAUGGAACUAUGCGACAUCCAGUUGAUUCAGUGACUUGGGGACAGAUAAACAACAAAUGGCCAGAGUUCGCUGCUGAAGCAAGAAACCUAAGAUUAGGUAUUUCUACUGAUGGCAUGAAUCCAUUCUCCAUGCAGAACACCAAUUAUAGCACAUGGCCUGUCCUCUUAGUCAACUACAACAUGGCUCCAACGCAGUGCAUGAAAUCAGAGAACAUCAUGUUGACAAUGUUGAUACCUGGUCCAACCGCACCUAGCAACAACAUAGACGUCUAUCUACAACCACUCAUAGAGGACUUGAAGAGUUUGUGGGCAGAAGGUAUGGAAGUGUAUGAUUCGUUCAAGAAGGAGAGUUUCACUCUUAGAGCUAUGUUGUUGUGGAGUAUAACCGACUAUCCUGGGUUAGGCACAUUAGCUGGCUGUAAAGUUAAGGGGAAGCAAGCCUGUAAUGUCUGUGGAAAGGAUACACCGCAUAGGUGGCUAAAGUUUAGUCGCAAACACGUUUACAUGGGGAACAGGAAGCGGCUCAUGCCUAAUCAUCCAUAUAGAAGACGGAAAGGAUGGUUUGACAACACGGUGGAGACUGGUACUGCAAAUAGGAUUCAGAGUGGUGUAGAAAUCUCUUACAUUCUGAGGGAUUUUAAAAACGACUUUGGGAAAAAGUUAAGUAAGAAGAGUAAGCGAAAAAGGACAACAGGAGAUGAGAAUGAUGUUGCUUCAUUGGAGGAGUACGAAGAAGAUGAUGAUCUGUGGCGGUGGAAGAAAAAGUCAAUUUUCUUUGAGUUACCUUAUUGGAAGGAUAUGCCAGUAAGGCAUAACAUAGAUGUUAUGCACGUGGAGAAGAAUGUGUCUGAUGCACUGCUGUCUAUUCUGAUGCAUAGUGGAAAAUCAAAGGAUGGCGUGAAAGCAAGAAAAGAUUUAGAAGACAUGGGUAUUAGAAGCAACUUGUAUACAGAAGUGAGGGGAAAGAAAACUUACUUGCCUCCUGCUGCUUACUGGCUAUCUAAGGAAGAAAAAAAGAAAUUCUGCAGACGGUUAUCAAACUUCAAAGGGCCUGAUGGUUAUAGUGCCAAUAUCUCCAACUGUGUCUCACUGGAUCCUCCUGGUAUUGGCGGCAUGAAGUCACAUGACCAUCAUGUACUAAUGCAGAAUAUGUUACCGGUAGCAUUGAGAGGUCUACUGCCAAGAGGGCCACGGAUUGCAGUGACUCGGAUAUGCAAUUACUUCAACAGACUCUGUCAACGCAUUAUUGAGCCAGAGAAGUUACUUAAGUUAGAAGCAGAGAUUGUGGAGACAAUGUGUCAGCUAGAGAGAUUCUUUCCUCCAUCUCUGUUUGAUAUAAUGUUUCAUCUUCCACUGCAUCUAGCAAGAGAAGCACGCUUGGGUGGCCCUGUACACUUCAGGUGGAUGUAUCCCUUCGAGAGGUAUAUGAAGACUCUAAAAGCUUAUGUGAAGAAUUUUGCAAGACCCGAAGCUUGUAUGGCCGAGGGUUAUUUAGCAGGUGAAUGCCUUGCAUUUUGUAUGGAGUUCCUGCAGAGAUCAGUUCCAGUAGAAGAAGCAGUUAAUAGAAACGAAGAUCAUGAGACUUCUCAGAAUUUACUUGAAGGUCGGACGCUGAAUAAAGCGACAGAAGUGACACUUACUGACAAAGAGAGAGAUGUAGCUCACCGGUAUAUUCUCAUGAAUACUGCAGUGAUUGAGCCUUAUGUUCAGAUGCAUUUAGAAGAGCUACAAAGGACGGACGGAAGAUGUGCAAAAAACGAAACCAUCUUAUGGAAGAACCAUACUGAAAGGUUUGCACAGUGGAUCAAAGAAAAGAUACCAACUAACUCGAAGGAACAUUCACAGCAGCUGAGAUGGCUUGCUUUUGGACCAAGGAAUAUUGCUCACACGUACAAGGGGUUUGUAGUUAAUGGAAAUCGAUUCCAUACAGACGAUGUGCAGAGGAAGACACAGAACAGUGGAGUAGCAUAUGAUGCGUUUUCAAUGUGCAGAGCUAGUGCCAAAGAUGCGAGGCAAAUGGCUGAUAUAGUUACAUACUACGGAGUGAUUAAGGAGAUCAUAUUGAUCGACUACCAUAUGUUUGAGGUGGCUCUGUUUAAGUGCAGUUGGGCUCAUAAAGGAAGAGGACUAAAAGAGGAAGACGGUUUCACACUUGUGAAUCUCCACAUGAGUCAGUCUACAUUUGUUAAUGAUCCUUACAUUAUGCCAUCGCAAGCUAAACAAGUGUUCUACUCUAGAGAGGAAGAUAGCUCCCCUUGGUAUGUUGUGAUGAGAGCACCACCGCGAGGCUUUCAUGAGUUAGAGACAGAAGAGGAGUUCUGUUCUGGUGCAGUAACAGUCCAGACUGAAGAAGAUAUGGGAGAUCAAGCAUCUGAUGACGAGAGUUUUUGUGUUAGGAAUGAUUGUGAAGGUGUUCUAAUUCAUGAUUUAUGA